UGAAGUCCACACGGUCACUAAACUUCAUUGUUUUACAUUAUUAGUCUUGAUUAGACUGAGCUUAGCGCGCCCUCUAUUGGAUGUAUCAGACAAUAAAAGAGCAAUGAUGCAGGUGUAAUGAUAGGCUACUUUAAAAGUUUCAGCAACUUUCUACACACAUCUGCGUUUAAUUUAUUUUUAUCUGAUUUAAAACAAAAUGGUAAAUAAAACGAAGCCUAAGUAGAAGUAGGAAAUGUUCUUUCGAAUAUUUGGCCUGUAGAGAUCUCUGAAACAUGAUUUAAUUUUUACUUUUACGGUUUGUUUAUCAAUAUUUCUUUCUUCCUCUAUUGGUAAAUAUCCAUCGCUCACAUUUAACAGAACAUUUGUCAGGUCCAAAUUCUUGAAAACUACUUGAAUCCCCAUCAUAAAAGUUGUUUUCUUCUUAGAUAUCUCCUGUUGGGAGCAUUUUACGCACGCUCAUCACGGACCCUAUGAGCUGACAGAUAUAUUUUGAUACAUGUAUGGAGAUCCAACAGUGAACCAGUCACGUUGUAUUUGGAAUGCGUUAGUCUCGUUUAUAUGACCGCCUGGUUCUCUGCCGCGUCUCGAUCGACCAAUCGUGGCUCAGCACAUAAAUGACACACCUGCAUAAAAACAGACUCCAGCUCACUGAGUGUGGACACACGGCUGACCGAGACACUUUGGCAUGGAGCAUCCCUGUUCUGUUUCCGUCUAGCCUGCUGUGCGCGCAGUUGAACCCCUGCUGUGCGCACAGGUUCCUCAUUUUUAAAGAUGGAAGAAUUACUGAACUACAGCGGAGCGAUGAACAGAAGUAGGCCUGGUUAUGACAAAUUUAGUUUUGAAGACAUCGAUGUGAGCGCAGACGGCGCCUUCAUCCUGAGGAUCCUCAUCUCCGUGGUUUACUCAGUGGUUUGCGCGGUGGGCUUGGUGGGGAAUCUGCUCGUGUUUUUCCUCAUGAGGUUACGACAAGGUCGAAAAAAGUCCAGCCUCAACUACUUUAUCAUAAACUUGGCAGUGACGGACUUUCAGUUCGUGCUCACGCUGCCCUUCUGGGCCGUGGACACCGUGCUGGACUUCAGCUGGCCGUUUGGAGACGCCAUGUGCAAAAUCAUCCUCUCUGUCACUGUGAUGAACAUGUACGCGAGUGUGUUCUUCCUCACAGCCAUGAGUGUGACCCGCUACUGGUCGGUGUCCUCGUCCCUGAAGAAGAAAACUUACAGGAGCUCACGAUGUGUGAAGUGGGUGUGCGUGGUGCUGUGGGUGGCGGCGACAGCAGCCACAGCUCCAACAACGAUCUUCUCCACAGUGACUGUGGUGGCCGGGGAGAAACUCUGCCUGCUCAGGUUUCCUGAAGGGCACGAUUGGCUUGCGCUCUAUCACAUCCAGAAAAUACUGAUAGCCUUCAUCAUCCCCAUGCUCAUAGUCUCUGUUAACUACUUGAUGCUCCUGCGCUUCGUGAGGCGGAGGAGCAUGGACAGCAGCAACCCUAGACGGAGAACAAGAAUCACCAAAUCUGUUGCUAUAGUGGUUUUGUCUUUCUUCUUCUGCUGGAUGCCAAAUCAUGCGAUCACAUUUUGGGGUGUUUUGGUCAAAUUUAACGCGGUAAACUGGGAUAAAUCAUAUUACAUGGUGCACACGUACGUAUUUCCUGUCACUGUGUGCCUGGCGCACGCCAACAGCUGCUUGAACCCGGUACUCUACUGCCUGAUGAGGCCAGAGAUCAGGAAGAUGCUCAGUGGGUUGGUGUUCAGAGUCUCCACUCCUCCUCACAAUAAGGGCUGCGCCACGCGCUCUUUUACGCAGGGUGACACUCAGGGUGCGCUGCCUCUCCACAUUUCCGACAAUGGCGAGUACAAGCUGUGCAAUUUGGAACUUAAUGGCUUAUCGAGCUCCAACAUGAUCCCCUACACUUGAUAACUUCAGACUGGUGUAGUGAUGCUUUUGUUUGCUUUUAAUAAUCAUCUGUUGCUGUCAUCAUUCGUGCGUAAAUAUCGUACCUGACUGAAAACUGUGAAGGACUCAUUGCACAAAAGUGUCUGAACACUUUAAGGACUUACAGCACAUAAAUACCACUCACGUUUUUGCCACCAUGGCAUGGACUAUGUACAAUGACAAGUGCAGUGCGAAACUUCUGUCAACUUUGUAUAAGAUACUUGUUGAUUCCACAGGUUAUAUAAACGCUGAAGUCCGUCAUUGUCUGUCCUUUCUCUGCUUUGAAAUGCAACUGCGUCUUUCUCUUCCUUUUCGCCCCAUGUGAGUGGUAUUUUUCUUUUGAAUUUUCGCGGAGAUAUGCAUACACGAAAUAUGAGCGAUGAGAACAGGGGGGAUGAAUGAAAAAAAUUGACAGGAUGAAUGACGUAUAAAUAAAUAUAAAUGACACAUGACGGGGACAUUUCCUGCAAAAUGAUGGAUUUCUGUUUUUCUUAAGGGACAUUUUAUAUGUACAUUAAGAAUAAUCAAAUGCCUGCAAUGUUUUCCAUUUAAGUUUAUGUAAUGUAAAUAUGGAAUAUUUUAUUUUGAUUCCCUGCUUUUUCGUUUUUGAAAAAGGUCAUCAAAACAAACACUGAUGAGAUCGUCACUUGAACAGUACAGAAAUAAAUGGAACAAUAUUGCACACUCUUCAGGGGAAAUAAGUCAAAACAUGAAAAAAAAAAAAAUGAAAAAAAAUAGCUUAUGACCCAGAGAGCAGGGGCCCAAUUUUUAAAUGACAUGUGGAUGAGCCAAUCUUUCCUCCUAUAGGGCCAGCUUCAUCCUUUUCUCCGCCCUGAUCCUGCUCAGAUUAUGAAAGUGUCUGGUUAAAGUAAUAUGCCAGCAUCAAAGAGAUCAGUUUGGAAUGCAAAAUAUAAAUAAUAAGUGUGGAGAAGGUUUGUGUGCAAAGUCAAAAGAUUUCAAUUAAGAAGUUGCAAAAGGUGCAAGACUGCAAUUUUAGAAGCAGUACUGCAACUGUCAUGCAGGAACAGGUGGAGGCAGGAGAGGUGUGUGACACUGCCAGGCAGAGAGCAAUGGGAUGUAUCAGGGGUAGUCAGAGGUAGAUCGUGAGCACAAGGGGAGGGACGUUGUUGCUCUUCUCUGCUAAUUGUAUGCCAGGGAUGGUUGUAAAAGUGCUCAUACUACACUGAGAACUCCGCUACAAGGAAAAGUCCUGCAUUCAAUAUUAUGUGAAAUAAAAGUAUGUCUCCUUAUGACAUUUCGGGAAAACAGCAAAUCCUUAAAAGUACAGUAGUUUCCUCUGGGAGGUAGCAGAAUAGAAACAUGAAGUACAGACAAUGUAAAUACUAAAGUUAAGUAUUUUUUAAGUAUAAGACAUUUUCUUUACACACAUUGCUUUAAAAUCACAAAUAACACGCCAUUGCACAGUGAAUUUAAGAGUCUAUACAUGUAUAUUAAAUGUAUAAAUUACAAUAAAUUCUAGCAGAGAUUA